UUUUGCCACUCUGGCUGCUUGCGUCAGUCCUCAUCCACGUGAAGGGAUCCCAUUGGGGGAAUGAACGCUAUUCGUUUCUUCGGCCGUCUGUGAUGUUUCUGCUGUCUUACUCAUUCUUCUUGUGUCAUCUGGUCUUCCUUCUCGUCACUUCUCUGCUGGACAACAUGGUCGGUCAGGAGUCUGAUGUUUGCCGCACCUACACCCUGCUCUUUCAGCAUUUCGCGCUCUUCAGGUUUCUUCGACUCUCUAUGGUGUUCCCGUUGUCUUAUUCAUGCUUCUUGUGUCAUCUCGUCUUCCUUCUUCUCCUCACUUCUCUGUUGGACAACAUGGUUGGUCAAGAGUUUGAUGUUUGCCGCACCUUCACCCUGCUCUUUCAGCAUUUCGCGCUCUUCAGGUUUCUUCGGCUCUCUAUGGUGUUCCCGUUGUCUUAUUCAUGCUUCUUGUGUCAUCUCGUCUUCCUUCUUCUCCUCACUUCUCUGUUGGACAACAUGGUUGGUCAAGAGUUUGAUGUUUGCCGCACCUUCACCCUGCUCUUUCAGCAUUUCGCGCUCUUCAGGUUUCUUCGGCUCUCUAUGGUGUUCCCGUUGUCUUAUUCAUGUCGCCUUGUCUUUAUUUUCUCCUCUUCCCUGCUGGACAACAUGGUCAUUCGGGAGUCUGAUGUAUGCCGCACCUUCACCCUGCUCUUUGAGCACUCAGCGCUCAUCGUGUCUAUUCGUCUGCCUGUGCUGCUGCCACAAUGUCCUCUACUCCUGAUUUGUUUUCUCAUCAUCGCACUUUCUACUUCCUUCUCUAUAAAUCUUUAUAACUCAUGUAUUUCUGUCGUCUUUGGACCAGUAGUGCACUUGUUUGACAUAUCCAGUAAUAAUACUUGUCUUUCAUGUAUGUUUUUUGUUUGUCCCAUAUGGGACAUUUAGUUAUAAUAUAUAUA